AUGGAUUUUAUUGAUGAUUACGACAUUACAUAUGCUCAUAUAACUACAGCUCAUCCCUCAAAGUCCCCAACCAGCACUAUAGGAGCAGACUCUGUGAUUCUUGUGAUUGUGAACAUCAUCAUCUUCUUGCUGGGGGUUUCUGGAAAUGGAAUUGUCAUCUGGAUCUCCAGUCUCAAGCUGAAAAAGUCUGUCAACAAAACCUGGUAUCUGAGCCUGGCAUGCUCAGACUUCAUUUUCUGCGCCUGUCUCCCCUUCAGCAUUGUGAACAUGCUUACUUCUGCCUGGCCGUUUGGGCUGUUCAUGUGCAAGUUCACCUCCUUCAUCAUGGUCCUGAACAUGUUCAGCAGCAUCUUCCUCCUGGUCAUCAUCAGUGUGGACCGCUGUGUGUCUGUCGUGUUCCCCGUCUGGGCACAGAACCACCGCACCGUGAAAGCAGCCUCUGUACUGGUCGCUCUCGCCUGGAUCGUCUCUGUUGCUCUCAGUGUACCUUCAUUGGUUUUCCGUGACACAAUGGUUCAGGGAGACCAAACUAUUUGUUACAACAACUAUAAGGAGGUAAUGCAUAGUCAUGAGACUGUUGCUUUCAGUCGGUUUAUCUGUGGGUUUUUAAUCCCUUUUGUGAUCAUCACCCUCUGUUACACCAUCAUUAUUCUGAAGCUGAAGAACAAUCGAAUGACCAAAUCCUCUAAACCAUUUAAAGUCAUGUCUGCACUCAUUGUGACCUUCUUUGUAUGUUGGUUGCCUUACCACAUCUUUGUCCUGCUUGAAAUUCACCCUGAAUCUCAUAUAGAUAUUAUCUCUAAAGGGGUCAAGAUUUGUGUCACUCUGGCCAAUGCAAACAGCUGCAUGAAUCCCUUUUUGUAUGCAUUUAUGGGGAAAGACUUCAAGAAAACAUGCUGGAGUUCUGUUUUGUCCAAAAUUGAAAAUGCAAUGGAUGAUGAUGUUGACACCUCAGCCAAAAAGCAAUCAUUUACUCAGGACAGUAAAGUUUCAACUGAGAUUUGAGGUGAAGUGUCCUGUUUAUAAUAAGUAAAGUGAAGUAUUGUCAUUAAGCAUUCGUAGCUCAUAAAAUGCCACUUAAAUGCCAACAUAAUGUCUCCAUGAUAUGUAUCUGCAAAAUAUAUAAGUAUUCAUGAAUAUUUGGGACAGCUUGUGAUAAAACAGAAUGCAAUAAUUAAGAAUGUGUCUCAAAUGUUGCAAAACACAAUGGAGGUA